CCCUCCUUCCCUCUCUGCCUCCCAACGGGACGGGCAGGAAGGCGGUGCGGUCGGGCAGCCAUUUUGUGGCGCUGCUCGGUCGCUGGCGCCGGGUACGGCGGCGAGUUGGUUUCACUCUAACCCUUUUUCCCCCUGUACAGGCUCCUCGUCUAAAAGUUGGUUUUAAUUGGUUGCCCACAGGAUUGACUUGGCUUCUACUACUUGUUUAAGGAAAAAAAACCAUCUCUCCUUGCAGGUGUGUGUAUUUCAGCGCAGCAUGGCUGUGGUCAUCCGCUUACAAGGUCUCCCAAUUGUGGCGGGGACUAUGGACAUUCGUCACUUCUUCUCUGGAUUGACCAUUCCUGAUGGGGGCGUGCAUAUUGUAGGGGGUGAGCUGGGUGAGGCUUUCAUCGUCUUUGCCACUGAUGAAGAUGCAAGGCUUGGUAUGAUGCGCACAGGUGGUACCAUUAAAGGGUCCAAAGUCACCCUGUUGCUGAGCAGUAAAACUGAAAUGCAAAACAUGAUUGAACUCAGUCGUAGGCGAUUUGAAACUGCAAAUCUAGAUAUACCGCCAGCAAAUGCUAGCAGAUCUGUUCCACCACCUAGUUCUGGAAUAAGUAGUAGAGUGACUCUUUCUACUACAGUAUCUAAUUUUAAUAGCCCUUCUCCAAGUGUAGUAACUGCAGCUACUUCAGUUCAUGAAAGCAACAAAAAUAUACCAACAUUUUCCACUGCUAGUAUGGGAACUGCACCUCCCAAUUUGGGUGUUACUUUUGGAAGUCCCACUUUUAGCUCUACUAUAUCUAGUACUGCAUCACCAAUGAACACAGUUCCACCUCCACCAAUACCUCCUAUUCCAGCUUUACCAUCAUUGCCCCCAAUGCCUUCUAUUCCUCCCAUACCUGUUCCUCCUCCUGUUCCUACAUUGCCUCCUGUGCCUCCUGUCCCCCCUAUACCUCCUGUGCCUCCUGUCCCACCUAUGACAUCUCUGCCUCCUUUAUCAGGAAUGCCUCCUAUGAAUCCCCCGCCUGUUGCUCCUUUGCCUGCUGGAAUGAAUGGGUCUGGAACAGCAAUGAAUUUAAACAGUAACUUGAAUCCAAUGUUCAUGAAUCCUAUAAAUGCUAUUCAGCUCAAUUCUCAAAGUAGCGUGAAAUCUCUUCCUAUCAAUCCAGACGAUUUGUAUGUCAGUGUUCAUGGAAUGCCAUUUUCAGCAACAGAGUCUGAUGUCAAAGAUUUUUUCCAUGGACUCCGUGUGGAUGCAGUACAUAUUCUGAAAGAUCAUGUGGGACGCAAUAAUGGAAAUGGACUAGUUAAGUUUUGCUCUCCUCAAGAUACAUUUGAAGCUUUGAAAAGAAACAGGAUGCUGAUGAUUCAGCGUUAUGUCGAAGUUAGUCAGGCAACAGAGAGACAGUGGGUUUCUGCAGGAGGUCAUAUAACAUUCAAGCAAACUAUGGGCCCUUCUGGACAAAACCAUCCUCCUCAAACUCUCUCUAUGUCCAAAUCUCCUAAUGGACAGAAACGAUCCAGAUCCAGAUCUCCACAUGAUCAGGGUUUCUGCGUUUAUUUGAAAGGUCUUCCCUUUGAAUCUGAGAACAAACAUGUAAUUGAUUUCUUUAAAAAACUAGAUAUUGUAGAAGACAGUAUUUACAUAGCUUAUGGACCCAAUGGGAAAGCACUUGGUGAAGGUUUUGUUGAAUUCAGAAAUGAAACUGACUACAAAGCAGCUUUGUGUCAUCAUAAGCAGUACAUAGGAAAUCGUUUCAUUCAAGUUCAUCCCAUAACUAAAAAAGCUAUGUUAGAAAAAAUAGAUAUGAUCCGGAAAAGACUUCAGAAUUUCAACUAUGACCAGAGAGAAAUUAUGAUAAAUGCAGAAGGAGAGACGAGCCCAUCUAAACUCUGUGCACACAUAUCUAAUAUCCCCUACAAUAUUACCAAAAUGGAAAUUCUUCAAUUUCUUGAGGGGCUGGCCAUAGAGGAGAGUUCUAUACAGAUACUUGUUGAUACUAAUGGACAAGGAUUAGGACAAGCGCUGGUCCAAUUCAAAACUGAAGAAGAUGCUCGUAAGUCAGAGCGCCUACAUCGAAAGAAACUGAAUGGGAGAGAUGUUGUGUUGAGAGUGAUUUCUCUUGAAGAAAUGAGAGAAAUUGAGAGAAAUCCUCCCUCUCAAGGGAAAAAAAUGCCAUUGAAAAUGCCAUUGCAAGGGGGUACAGCAAUGCCAGGAGUACAGAAUGCUGGUGGGGAUGAGCAUUCUUUCAUAAGUGGUAGUUCAAAAGAUGCAAAGAGUGGCCCUCCUUUUCAUUUUCCUGGCAAUUUCAGUGGUUCUAAUGUAUUUGGUCCUCCUCUUCCACCACCAGGAAUAGGGGGAGGUGGUUUUGGUGACUCCAGGCCAGGAAUGCCUGCUAUUGGGAGCAGUGGCUUGCCUGUUCUGCCAGGUACAGGUAUUGAUGUCCCAGGUUUUGGAGGUGGGCCUAGUAAUUUAACAGGGCCCUCUGGUUUUGGAGGAGGUCCUCAGAAUUUUGGAAAUGGUCCUGGUAAUUUAACUGGUCCUCCUAGUUUUGGUAGUGGACCUCCGGGUCUUAGUACUGGGCUUGGACAUAUAAGUGGACCUCCAGGGUUUGUACCUGGACCUGGAAACAUGCAUAUUACUGGGCCACCUGGGUUUGGAGCUGGGUCUGGUAAGCCGGGGCCUACUGUCAUUAAAGUUCAAAAUAUGCCCUUUACUGUAUCAGUGGAUGAAAUUUUGGAUUUUUUCUAUGGUUAUCAAGUAAUCCCAGGUUCAGUGUGUUUAAAAUACAAUGAGAAAGGCAUGCCAACAGGUGAAGCAAUGGUUGCAUUUGAAUCUCGUGAUGAAGCAAUGGCAGCUGUUGUUGAUCUGAAUGACAGACCAAUAGGCUCACGAAAAGUCAAGCUUAUGGCUCAGUGCGUGACCAAGGUGGAACUGUCCCUAUCCUGUGAUAACCUGAUUGAUAAAGAUGUUGGCUCAAAAUCUGAUCCUCUGUGUGUCUUGCUUCAAAAUGUUGGUGGCGAUCAGUGGACAGAAUUGGAUCGAACUGAAAAAAUAAAGAAUUGUCAGAAUCCUCAAUUUUCAAAAAAGCUGCUAAUUGAUUAUUAUUUUGAGAAAGUUCAGAAGCUGAAGUUUGGUAUAUAUGAUAUUGAUAAUAAGUCAUAUGACUUAAGUGAUGAUGAUUACCUUGGAGGAGCUGAAUGUACUCUGGGUCAGAUUGUAUCAAGUAAAAUACUUGUUCAGCCUUUAAUGUUGAAGAAAGGAAAGCCUGCAGGAAAAGGCAUUAUUACGAUUUGUGCAGAAGAGAUUAAAGAUACCAGAGUUGUUUCUAUUGAUGUUGAAGCUCGGAAUUUAGACAAAAAGGAUUUUUUAGGCAAAUCAGACCCAUUUUUGGAAUUCUAUAAACAGAGUGAUAGUGGAAAAUGGCAGCUUGUAUACCGAUCAGAGGUAAUUAAGAACAAUUUAAAUCCUUGCUGGAAAAAGUUCAGCGUACCUUUGCAAACAUUUUGUAGUGGCGACUUCAACAGACAAAUCAAGGUGCACUGUUAUGAUUAUGAUAGUGAUGGGUCACAUGAUUUAAUAGGCAGUUUUGAAAGUACCCUGUCCCAGAUACAGAAGGCAGGUGACAGUUCUCCGGUUGAAUUUGAAUGUAUUCACCCUGAAAAAAAAAGAAAAAAGAAGAGUUACAAAAACUCUGGCAUUAUUAGAUUGAAAUCCUGUAAGAUUGAAACAGAAUAUUCAUUCCUGGAUUAUAUCAUGGGUGGUUGCCAAAUUAACUUCACUGUGGGGAUAGAUUUUACUGGUUCCAAUGGAGAUCCAAAGUCACCAGAUUCUCUUCACCAUAUUAGUCCAAAUGGAAUAAAUGAGUAUCUCACUGCUAUCUGGUGUGUGGGUGGUGUGGUCCAGGAUUAUGACACUGAUAAGCUGUUUCCUGCCUUUGGAUUUGGAGCUCAAGUUCCUCCAGAUUGGCAGGUUUCCCAUGAAUUUGCACUGAACUUUAAUCCUGCAAACCCUUAUUGCCAAGGAAUCCAAGGAAUUAUAGAUGCCUAUCGACAGGCUUUGCCUCAGAUUCGUCUUUAUGGUCCAACAAACUUCUCCCCAAUUAUAAAUCACGUUGCUAGAUUUGCUGCUCAUUCAGUGCAAGAAAAAAGUGCUUCUCAAUACUAUGUUUUACUGAUAAUCACAGAUGGGGAAAUAACUGAUCUGGACCAAACUAGACAAGCCAUCGUAAAUGCCUCCAAGCUGCCCAUGUCUAUCAUUAUCAUUGGUGUUGGCAGUGCUGAGUUCAAAGCCAUGGAAUUUUUGGAUGGGGAUGAUGGUGUCUUGAAGUCAUUGGCCGGGGAGCCAGUUGCACGAGAUAUUGUCCAGUUUGUGCCUUUUAGACAGUUCCAAAAUGCUCCUCGGGAGGCACUUUCCCAGGCAGUAUUGGCUGAAAUCCCUAAACAGCUAGUCUCCUACUUCAAGAAAGCUGGCCUGACUCCUGUAAAAUUGCCUUCGGAAAAGCAACCAUAAAGCAAAGAAUAUUUUUAUUGCUUAAAUGUACAGUAAAGAAAACAAUAGUGGAGACAAAAGGUUUUUUUAAUGAAAGCAUUUAUCUUCUGGCAUCUAAUUAUACUGCACUCAAAAACAUAUCUGUGGUUCUGCAUAUAUUGCUCAUAUUAUAUGCAGAAAAUAAUAAGAAUGGUACACAUAUAGGAAAUAUAAAGGAAAUAUACACUAAGAAUCUAGUGGCUAUCUCAAAUCAUAGGAUUGGCUUAUUAGUUUGUAUUCUGCAUAUCUUUGUAUAGCAUGGAAUCAAAUUGAAGAAACUUGGGUUAGAACAAGAUUAAAGCUUUACAGUAUAUUUUUUUUAUUAAAAUUAUAUAACUUGAAUAGAUCUUAGUGGUUUUGGAAAAGUGAUGAUACUAGAUCACUAAAUGGUUGAUGGUCCUUGAGACAUAGUUAUUGUAACCUCAAUACUAUAUUAUUUUUAGCACAAUCUUAUAUUUUAUGCAACAUAAUCUGAUAUUAUGAUAAAAGUUCAGAUAUGUUACAUAUAUCAGAAAUUCACUAAAAAAAAAAGUUGACCUAUGCAUGAACCUCUAGCUUCUGUGAACCUUUUCAGUGGUAUAGAAAUGUAUGUGUAUAUAUAAUACACAAUAUAUAUUAUAUAUUAUAAUAUAUAAUGAUAAAUGAUAUAUUGUAUAUAUAUCUAUAUACAUCAUUUAUUAUAUAUUCCUGGACAAUUUCUUGUCUGUAGAAAGACAAAUCUUCUUGCACUGUUAUAGCAUUGCCUCCUUAAUUGUUGUGGGUCUUUAUGAAAUGACAAAUAUUAAAACUAUUUUCUUGUUAAAGGAAUUUUACUAUACAUUACCAAAGCUGAAUACAAAUCUGUUUAAUAUUUUAAAUAAUGCUGUUUACAUUCAGAUUUGUUUCUUAAGGGCAUUUUGAUUCUUAUAUUUCAAAAGUAUAUAAAGUAUAUUUCAUUUUUGUAUUUGACUGAUACUCAGUGGAGAAGUGGCAAGAAAAAAUGAGAAAAAAAAUGAGUAUAAUUUUCAAGAAUUGCUAUGCCGCUGAUCCAUAAGUUGCAGGACUCUUGGAUGCUUUUAGUUACAGCAAUACUAGUUUAGACUAAAUACUUUCCAGUUAUAGUUUUGGAAAAUUCAUUUCAUAGUUUUUAUAAUUUUGGAGUAUCAAAGCUUUUUAUAAGAAAGUUCAAAUCUUACUGAUCGAAAGGAAAAUGUGUUUGAAUAAAUUUAAUGAUCAGUAAUAUCAAAUAUUAUUUACAAAUCCAAAUAUAAGGAAAUUAAAUCUGUGCUUAGAUAGUGAAAUAGCUUAUCUGAUGCUGAAUUUGCAUUUUUGAUCCAAAUAGAGCUGCUUUGUUAACGAAUACAUCAAGCAAAGGUACUUUGACUACAGUAAAGUAAAUGUUUUACAACCAUUCAUUUAGCCACCGUUCAAAGUUACAACAGCAGUGAAAAAGUGACUUAUGACUGACCCUCGCACUUAGAACCAUUGCAGCAUCCCCAUGGUCACAUGAUCAAAAUUUGGGUGUUUGGCAAUUUUGAUGCAUUUACAAUAGUUGCAGUGUCCUGGAGUCAUGUGAUCACUUUCCCAUUUGCUUUGAAGAAGCAGAUUAAAUGGAGGAAGCUGGAUUUCUUUAACAACUUCAGGAUUCAUUUAAUAACCACAGUGAUUUGCUCAGCAACUGUGGCAAGUAGAUCAUAACAUUAGGUACAAUUCACUUAAUAACCACCUUGCUUAGCAGUGGAAAUUUUGGGUCCAAGUGUGGUCAUGAAGACUUCCCCUAUAAUCACAUUAUAUUCAUCGUAUUUCAUCUCAGUUGAAAUUUACUCUAUAGUAAAUAAUAUUGUGUCCAUUUUCAAACCCUUGAGAAAAGUUGCUGUUGCUGCAUUUUUAGACAGAUUUAGACUUGUUCUCUGUCACGACAGAAUGCAAAACACACAUAAUAGAUUUAAGAUUUAGGGAGGUGUUUUCCACAAUGGAACCACUCCAAAGAGGUUGCAUCCUUUUUGCUUUUGAAUGUUUUAAGAUUUCUCAUUCAACAGGGGUUUGGAGUCAAUUUGCAGGGCCUACCCUAUACUCAUACCAGAAUGCUAACAAUUGAUUUUUAAAUGGUAAAAUAAACAAUACAAAUUUAGAAUGCAGUUGAGAAGCACUCAGCAACUUUAAUACUUAUUUGUAUUAAAAAUAUUUCUCAGAAGUAGAAUAUAGUGUUUUUAUAUUUGGAGGAAUAUUAGGAGGAAUUCAUACUCUUCAGAUUUUUUGAUUCUGCCUUUAUUACUUUUAUAAGUCUGUCAAAGCUGAGAACAUACAGAAUAUUUCUUUCUCUUUUCCUCGUAACAGCAACCCUGUAAGAUGAAUUGUGCUAAGAGAGAAUGUGUGGCACAAGGUCAUGCAGCUAGAUUUCAUGCCUAAGGCAGAACUAAAAUUUACAGUCACCUGGUUUCUAGGCCAGCAUUUUAACCACCACACCAAAUUUUUAAAAUGUUUAAGCCAAAUUUUUAAAAGGUAUGUCCAGCUUUCUUGAAAAUUGCCUGUUUGGACAAUCUUCUAUUGCACUGUUUGAUUAAAUGUUUAAUGGAAAUAAUGUUUCUAAUGUAAGAAUUCCAUUCUCUAUUAAAUCUCCGUAUAAAA